AUGACCGAAUCUCAAUCCCAUAAAUAUACGAGCGAGGCUGUCGAGACUGUCGAUACUACUGGUGAGAUCGACAAGACUGUUGAAAACGCCGAUGAAGCUGUUGAAACCAUCGACGAUGCACGACAAAGGCGAUACACUCGUUGGAAAAAGAACUCUAAGCUCCUGUACGAGUUUCUCAACACUAACAAUACCAAAUGGCCAUCUUUGACUUGCCAGUUGUUCCCAGACCUGGAUCUCGCGGGCGAUACCCACAGAAUCCUGUUGUCGUCGUUCACCUCAUCGCAAUUGCCCGAGGACGAGUCUCUAUAUGUGGGGAAACUAUCGUCCAUGAAGCAUCUGAGCUGGAGCUCGCUUAACAACUUCGAUAUGGAGGAAAGAGAGUUCAAAAUUGACAACUCACUCAAGCUCCCGCCUAAGAACUUAGUCGAGGACUUGCGAAUCAAGUUUCCGGCCGGUGAUUGCAACAAGGCUCGCUUGAACGUGUCGAAUCCAGACAUUAUAGCUGCUGCGUCGUCGAAUGGGUCGGUCUACGUGUUCGACAAAACAAAGCACGGGUCCGCGCGCCAAAAACUGAUUUCUGGCGCCAUGGGCGACCCAGACUACCAGAUCCACUGCCAGCUCACCACAUCUGUGACUUGUGCUGAGAACGAGGCUAUCAGUUUGGCCUGGAACUGGCAACGUCAAGGUUCACUCGCAACCACUUACGCUGGCGGCCAGGUGUGCGUGUGGGAUCUCCAGAAAUUCCACAAAACGUCUCCGACGCUUGUGGACCCGCAAUUCAAUAUAAUUAUGGACCCCCAAGGGACCAACGACGUUUCGUGGAUGGUCAACCACGACUCUUUGCUAGCGUGCUGCGGAGAGGGCAAUGUUCUACGCGUGCUCGACACAAGAAUCGAUCAACAGAAAGCCGCCUCACAGGCUGUGCCAAACAAACACCACUCGAACGGCAUCAACGUGUGUCAGUUCAACUAUCACAAGGAUCUUCUGCUGUGUUCUGCCGACUCUUCGGGAAAGAUCAACUCGUGGGACAUACGGAAUUUCGAAGAGCCCGUACAGUCGUGGCAACACUGCGACGCGGUUUCGGCACUGCAGUGGAACCCCCAUCAUGCCACCGUGCUCGCCACGGCGAGCCAGAAUGACGGUCUGGUGAAGUUGUGGGAUCUAUCGCAGCCGGACGAUGAGCAGCUUGUCUUCACCCAUGGAGGGCACAUGCUGGGCGUCAACGACAUCUCCUGGGACCUCCACGAUCCGUGGAUGAUGUGCACUGUGUCCAACGACAACUCGGUACAGCUCUGGAGGCCCGCAAGUCAUCUGCUGGCAGCUGUGGGCGGCUAA